GGCAGAGGUGCUGGAAGAUUCCGAGGGAACUUCCAGGGUGUCCUGUGGCACUUUCAGAGUUCCCAGCCCCAGGCAGCCUGCCCCACCACACUGAGAAUGGACAGAGCUGAACUUUCCUUCUGCCGACUCCCUGCCAGCUGCAGCAGAGCUCAGUGUGGGACCCCCCUUAUUCCUUAAGCCCUGGAGAUAGGAACUGGGGGCGCCAUGGGAUGUACCUACUCAUCUGCACCGGAGGAGCCCACUCUGAGAAGGACCUCGUCCGUCAAAGAGAGUAGUUUUGUGGAAAAGAUGAAGAAAACGGGAAGGAACAUUAUCGUUUUCUAUGGCUCCCAGACUGGGACUGCUGAGGAGUUUGCCAACCGGCUGUCCAAGGAUGCCCACCGCUAUGGGAUGCGGGGCAUGGCAGCAGACCCCGAGGAGUAUGACUUGUCUGAUCUGAGCAGCCUCCCAGAGAUUGACAAGUCCCUGGUGGUCUUCUGCAUGGCCACGUACGGCGAGGGUGACCCGACCGACAACGCCCAAGAUUUCUACGACUGGCUCCAAGAGACCGACUUAGACCUCACUGGGGUCAAGUUUGCCGUGUUCGGCCUUGGAAACAAGACCUAUGAGCAUUUCAAUGCCAUGGGCAAGUACGUGGACCAGCGGCUAGAGCAGCUUGGUGCCCAGCGCAUCUUUGAGCUGGGCCUCGGUGAUGAUGACGGAAACCUAGAGGAGGACUUUAUCACAUGGAGGGAGCAGUUCUGGCCAGCUGUGUGCGAGUUCUUUGGGGUGGAAGCCACUGGGGAGGAGUCGAGCAUUCGCCAGUAUGAGCUUGUGGUCCACACAGACAUCGAUACUGCUAAGGUGUACAUGGGUGAGAUGGGCCGUCUGAAGAGCUACGAAAAUCAGAAACCCCCCUAUGAUGCCAAGAAUCCAUUCCUUGCUGCUGUUACCACCAACCGGAAGCUGAACCAGGGCACUGAGCGCCAUCUCAUGCACUUGGAAUUGGACAUCUCAGACUCAAAGAUCAGGUAUGAAUCUGGAGAUCACGUGGCUGUGUACCCAGCCAACGACUCAGCCCUGGUCAACCAGAUCGGGGAGAUCCUGGGGGCUGACCUGGAUGUUGUCAUGUCUCUCAACAAUCUGGACGAGGAAUCUAACAAGAAGCAUCCUUUCCCCUGCCCCACCUCAUACCGCACGGCCCUUACCUACUACCUGGACAUCACCAAUCCUCCACGCACCAAUGUGCUCUAUGAGCUGGCUCAGUACGCCUCAGAGCCCUCGGAGCAGGAGCAGCUGCGCAAGAUGGCAUCAUCCUCAGGCGAGGGCAAGGAGCUAUACCUGAGCUGGGUGGUAGAGGCCCGGAGACACAUCCUGGCUAUCCUCCAAGACUACCCUUCCCUGCGGCCGCCCAUCGACCAUCUGUGUGAGCUGCUGCCUCGGCUACAGGCCCGCUACUAUUCCAUUGCCUCAUCCUCCAAGGUCCAUCCCAACUCAGUGCACAUCUGUGCCGUGGCAGUGGAGUAUAAGACUAAGUCUGGCCGUGUGAACAAGGGGGUGGCCACCAGCUGGCUGCGGACCAAGGAGCCUGCUGGGGAGAAUGGCCGUCGGGCCCUAGUACCCAUGUUUGUGCGCAAAUCCCAGUUCCGCCUGCCUUUUAAGUCUGCCACCCCUGUCAUCAUGGUAGGCCCUGGCACUGGGGUCGCCCCAUUCAUGGGCUUCAUCCAGGAGCGGGCCUGGCUUCAGGAGCAAGGCAAGGAGGUUGGAGAGACAUUGCUCUACUAUGGCUGCCGGCGCUCAGAUGAGGAUUACCUGUACCGCGAGGAGCUGGCACAGUUCCACAAGGAUGGCACCCUCACACAACUUAACGUGGCCUUUUCCCGAGAGCAGGCCCAUAAGGUCUAUGUGCAGCAUUUGCUAAAGAGAGACAAAGAACACCUGUGGAAGCUGAUCCACGAGGGGGGUGCCCACAUCUACGUCUGCGGGGAUGCUCGGAACAUGGCCAAGGAUGUGCAGAAUACCUUCUAUGACAUUGUGGCUGAGUUUGGGCCCAUGGAACAUGCCCAGGCCGUGGACUAUGUGAAGAAGCUGAUGACCAAGGGCCGUUACUCACUGGAUGUGUGGAGCUAGGAGCUGUGGCCCUCCCAGUCCUUGUUCCUUGUAAUCACUUUCUGAGCUCCCUUCUGCUGACCUCCACCUCUGAUGGUUCCUGCCUGGCCUGCCACAGGAAGGCCCAGGAACUGACUGCUCUGUGCCUGAGUGAUGCCCGGGCUCCCAGGCUAGGCUAGGUCCACUGCAGCAAGUAGUCCAGCCCCAAGGCACACAGUGAGGGGGACUGGCCCACCCUUGGGUGAUGGAUGCCUCAGGCCCUUGGCAGCUGGACAGAAGAGGCUCUUCUCUCCAUUGAGCUGGGACAUGGCCCCCACCAUGUGAUUUCUGAAUGAGUGUAAAUAAUUUUAAAUAACCUCUGGCCCUUGGAAUAAAGUUGUUUUCUGUAUC